CAAGCAAUGAUUCCAUGGCUUCAAAAGAAAGGAAUCGAGGAAGCACAGCGUGUCAGAAAUUAGAAUGCUGCUUUGAAGUUUGAGACAAAUUGAGAGUCUCUCAUCAUCCAUGCGCAAUUCUUCUUAAAGUUGAAGGAGUUGAAGCACAGCCUGCUAGCCUUCUCAAGUGCAGGGCCGAACCGCUUAGAAGCACAAAGUUCCGAAAGUUUUCUCGGUUAUAAAUUGCGCAGCGCCGCAAUGCACUAGCAGGUUGAUAUGAGUAAUGCAUGACAGGAUGGAAGGAGCAGGCGGUAAGCUUGCCCGCAUCCUUCUGGGCAUAAGGCAAAUUCAAGCAUCUGUCAUGAGCUAGCUGAGAAGGUGACAGAUGCUGUACCAUUGGUAAGCGGGGUUCUGCUGGGAAAGCUUUUGCUUUUGGCAGCUACCUUGAGAUGGUCGUCAUUUCUGAGCUUCUUGUAAGCUCCUGGGCCAAGGAACCUGAGAUGGGAACGACACGGUCUACAUACAGUGAAAUGCAGACACAGCCAAUGCUUGAUAUCCCGCCUGCCGUUCCAGGAGCAGCGGGGCAAGCAGGGCACGCAGUACCCUUGAACGCUCCUGCACGGGAGGCCCCUACCAAGCCCCCCGCGUCUGAGAAGAAGCCCCUGCUGCCCCCCGGCUUUGAUUUUGUCCGCUUGCCCAACGGCGAGCUCAAAUUGGUCCCACAACAGGGCCUGCAAGCACAGCGCCGCCGGGAGUCAAAUGCAGCCUCCAAGCUUAUAGUGAACGCGAGUAAGGAAGCGCGCAGGCUCGUGCGAGGCGUCUACAAAGAGCACCGCAAUGCCGUGGGCCGGCGCGGCCUCGUUCCUGGGGGGAAGAGCGGGUCCCCCCAGAAGCGAUCCGACAUCGCUCUGCCCCCCAUCCUGCAAGAAACGUCGUCGGCGUCGACCAGAAUCGCUGCUCUAAGGGCCCUAGAAGCGCUCGGGUCCAUCAACCUGAACCCCACAGUGCGGCACCCUCCGCAGCCGCAGGUCGACAUUGGAAACCCCUGGGCGACGCGGCCGAAUGGCGCGGGGCAGGGCCUGGGCCAGCCGACAAAACCCAACCCCCCCCGGCGCAAGCCCUCCUCGAGCUCCGUGUGGCGGCUGUAUGGUGUGCUCCCCAAUCAGGCGCCAGCGGGUUAUGCCAACGGCCAGGCAGCCGCCCCGCCCCCCGCAAAGAAACGGAAAAACGAAGCAGCGGACGUGACCCCCCAGGUGGCGGCAAUCCGGCUCGCGCUGGGGCUGACGCCAAUGCCCCCGGUUAUGGGUCCUACAGUCCCAAUCACUUCUCCAGAGGAGGAGGAGGCCGCUCCCGAGGGCACCGUUUCGGAGCUCGAGGCGCAAGAAGAAGCGAUCGCAGAUAUGCCGGACAUGUUGAGCGAACCGGUGUCCGAAGCUCCUGCCACCACGCCCGAUCCGGCAGCAGACACGGGGGCAGCAGAGGCGGACGAAGCUGACGCAGGUGCCGAAACAGUGGGUGCAAUACACGCUGAUGCAGCAGCCCCCCCGGAAGAAGAAGCGGAGGGCCCUCCCCAAGAAGCGCUCGCAGACUUGUCCCCCCCGGGAGAGGAAAUGGAGCUUGUGAUAGAGGACGAGGGGUUUGGCAUCCUAGACGAAGAUGCGCAACCUGCCGAAGCAGAAGGCGAAGAAGGCGAACCGAUUGCGGCGAUCGCCGAGUCCGCGCCCCCCCCUCCGAUGGAACGGGAUCCCCGACUGCCCCUUGAGGGCACGUACGCCUUUUCUUUCCUUGCGGACCCGGGGGCCCCCGGCACGGCGUUGGAACUGCCCCCCGGGGUGCUGCGCAGGGAGGGCACGCUGCGCGACCGUGCGUCGCUCAAGUACCCGAAGAAGAUGCAGGGCAUCGCGCCGGGGGCCAACAUGCGGCGGCUGGCGGUGGACGUUACGACAGCCCCCGACCGUGAGUUUGAUGCCAAGGUGGAGGUGGCGGUCAAGCUGGCGAAGGAGGAGGCCUCCCCCCUCACGAAAACGGUCGCAUGGGCCGCCCAGCAGUUGCAGGUGCGCGGCGCCGUCAUGAUGACGAGUGUGACGGAGCACUACUACCACUUCCUGGGGGAGGAGUUUGCGCGCGACGACUGGGAGGCGCUCCCCCCCGCCCACCUGAUGGACCUCAUCCAAGGCCGGCUGUAUCCGCUGGUCGCCGCGUCGUCGUUCAGCAAGAAGCACGGCUAUAUGCUGCACCGCAAGCUGGGGGUGCAACACCUGUACGAGGCCAUGACGGAGCUUCGGGUGGUUGAGAGGCGGCGGAACCGCGCAGCAGGGUUCCCUGCCUAUGUUCCCCCCAACGCCCGAGGGGCCACAAACAAAAGGGGCCCCAAGCCUGCGGGUAUGUCGGCUCGGGAAAUAACCGAAGUGGUUGGAACCCUGGGAGUGCAUCCGGGGCUCGAGGAAGGGGCACGCCGGGAACCGCAGCCGAGGCAAACGGAGGAGGAGGAAGAGGAAAACGAAACAACCUCGCCCAGGAAGGCCAGAACGAAGCCUGCUUCUAGGAAGACUGGCUGGUUGUAGCUCAAAGCACCGUUCCUAGCAAUAGACGACCUCUCCAACCGGGGCACAUGUGUGCUGGUCGACUGCGAUUCUUAAUGAGCGGAGUGUGGAUCACUUGGUCGCAGGUACCUACUGGUGUUGAGGGCCCGCGCUGAACAAUGUUUGGAGUUCAAAGAAGCGUACAGGUUCAGAUAAGGCCUAAUUCGCAAAAUCGGUCAACCGAUUCUUGCUCUCCUAUAUAAGCAACAGCUUGGUCGGAUCUGAAUCGUCAGCAAAUGGCAAACGAGCUAUUGGUCGGACACGGACGGGCAGCGUCAUCUUACUAUUACCAUGUCAGCGACAACGAUAGACGUGCAGCAUCACCACUUAUAAAGACGGUCGCCAAGUUCUUUGAACUCUGAUACAGAUUGAUGAGUGAUUGAUGAGCUUGUAAGUUUGUGGCUGCGAAAUCAUGACGCGCCUGAACGUCAAAAAU